AUGAUGAACUUUUUCGGCACCAAGAGUUUUGGUGGCCAACAGGAACAGAAUGCACCAAAUCAACAACCUUCGGUCUGCUAUCAGCAGCAACAACAAGCACAACAUCCUCAAGAGCUUCAGUACAGGCACCAACAUCAGGGCCCUAACUCAGAGAAGGCCAAGCUAGCUACUAAUGGUCUCUUCCCUACAUUUACCACCCAGACGGCGACACCUACAACUGCCGUUAGCGAAAAUUCCUACGCUAUGGGAACUACCGGGCUAGCCUCCGCACAAUCUGAUGUCGCGCUAGCUCAAAUGAAAACAAUGAGUAACCAAAGUGAAGUACAGCCCCAGCCCAAUAAGGUUACAUACCAGGACUCUCUGCAGGCUCAUUUAGCUCCUGUGCAGCCUCCUGUGCCCCCUUCGGGUUAUAGCGUUCAGCAACCUAACCAGACUACUGGCAGACAGCAAACUUCAGCUGGAACCUCUGACGGGAACGCGUCUGAAGAAAGAGACGUGGUGACAAAUUUGAAAUCGGACCCGCAAGAAACAGGAGUCCCCAGAGGGAGGCUCGAAGUGAGUAUUGCCGAGGCGCAGGGCCUGCUUACUCGUUCGAGUCGGUCUCAACCAUACGUGGUGUGUACAUUUGAGAGCUCUGAAUUCAUAUCUGAAGGGCCCGAUUCUUUACACAACAAGCCCAUGGUAGUUGAUGGAGCCAAUAACUGGAGAGGCGAACCAGAAAAGAAUGGUAAGAAACCGCUGUAUACGCGUCAAUCGUCUUCGCAACUGGAUAAGCUGAACUCACCGGCCCUUGGUACAGACAACAAUUGUGCCAACCCAAUUUGGCACCAUGAAACUACUUUUGAUGUACUGGGCGCUCAUUCAGAGCUUGACAUAUCAGUAUACGACGCUUUUCAUGAUGAUAUGUUUUUGGGUCAAGUACGUCUACGUCCAGACUUGAAUUCUUCCUCGACCUCUAGGCAUGAACAAUGGUACAAAGUACAGAGCAGAAUUAUCGGCGAGAGUGUAUCAGGGCACAUUUUAGUCAAAUGGACAUACAAAUCCACUAAGAAACGUCAAUAUGGACCCCAGGAUUUCGAGGUUCUGCGCCUUCUUGGCAAAGGCACAUUUGGGCAGGUUUAUCAAGUGCGGAAGAAGGAUACUAAGAGAAUUUACGCUAUGAAGGUUUUAUCCAAAAAAGUCAUUGUGAAAAAAAAUGAGAUAGCUCAUACGAUAGGCGAGAGAAACAUUCUUGUGCAUACCGCGUCCAAGCUCUGCCCUUUCAUUGUAGGGCUGAAAUUUUCUUUUCAGACCCUCAGCGACCUUUACUUAGUCACCGAUUAUAUGAGUGGUGGUGAAUUGUUUUGGCAUCUACAAAAGGAGGGUAGAUUUACAGAAGAUCGCGCAAAAUUCUAUAUCGCAGAACUUGUUCUCGCGCUCGAAUACUUACAUGAAAACGAUAUUGUGUAUCGUGAUUUGAAGCCUGAAAACAUUUUGCUGGACGCAAACGGGAAUAUCGCACUGUGCGAUUUCGGACUAUCGAAGGCCGAUCUGAAAGAUCGCACGAACACUUUUUGCGGAACAACCGAGUACCUCGCACCCGAGCUGCUUCUUGAUGAAAGUGGUUACACGAAGAUGGUUGAUUUUUGGUCGCUGGGUGUCUUAAUUUUCGAAAUGUGCUGUGGCUGGUCACCAUUUUUCGCUGAAGACAACCAAAAAAUGUAUCAAAAAAUCGCUUUUGGUAAAGUGAAGUUUCCUCGCGAUGUUUUGUCACCUGAAGGGCGGUCUUUUGUCAAGGGUCUAUUGAAUCGUAACCCCAGACACCGUUUGGGCUCCAUCGAUGAUGGAAGAGAAUUGAGAGCGCAUCCCUUCUUCGCAGAUAUUGACUGGGAAGCUUUGCGACUAAAAAAAAUUCCUCCUCCUUUCAAGCCCCAUUUGGCGGGCGAAACUGAUACUUCCAAUUUCGAUCCUGAAUUCACUCAAACUUCAACUUCCUAUAUGAAUAAACAAGCAAUAGCUGUGACACCAUUGUCACCCGCGAUGCAGGCCAAGUUUGCUGGUUUUACCUUUGUGGAUGAGUCUGCCAUGGACGAACACUACAAUAAUAACUACAACAGCCGCAAGUUUUUGCAGAACUCGUACUUCAUGGAGCCCGGGUCCUUUAUUCCUGGUAAUCCUAACCUACCUGCCGACGAAGACGUUAUUGACGAUGAAGUCGAGCAAGAUGCUGAGCUUGAUCCUAGCAAAGCAGCGAGUGUACACGAACAAGUGGACUACGACGGCGACCAUCAUAUGGACGACGAAUUUGUCAGCGGUCGUUUUGAAAUAUAA